AUGCUGCAGAUGAGUAGCCGCGGAGGAUUUCGCGGGGGAUUUCGCGGGGGUAGAGGAGGCGGCCGUGGGGGAUUCAGAGGCGGUAGAGGCGGGGGGGGCUACAACCAGGGGCCGCCGGAGUCUAUUGUUGAGGCUGGAGAGGUGUUGCAUGAGGCGGAGAGCUAUUUGGUAGUCAAGGGUUUGCUGCAGCAGCAGGUUCCUUACUUCAACGGCCGAAUCUUUUUGGAAAACAAACAGGAAAUCGGCAAGGUCGAUGAGAUCUUGGGACCCAUAAAUCAAAUGUACUUCUCUGUCAAGCUGAACGACGGGAUCAAAGCCUCUUCCAUCAAGCCCACGACUAAAUUUUUCGUAGACGUCAAUCAGACGCUCCCUCUCUCACGGUUCCUUCCCAAACCACCGAUCGCGAAGACCCCAGGCGCAGGGAGCAAAUCCGGAGGCGGAGGACGAGGGGGCAGAGGUGGGGGCCCCUCCCGUGGAGGGCCCCGUGGUGGCCGUGGUGGUUUCAGAGGCGGUGGGGGUGGCUUUAGAGGCUCCCGGGGGGCUCCUCGUGGAGGUGGAGGUGGCUUCAGGUAA